AUGGCGCAAGUGCGUCAACGGCGUCCACCUGCACCAGCUAUACCCCCUUCGUCAUUCUCUGCCAAUGCAAAGGAACAAAAGCAGCAGCGUCACUAUCGCCGCUUCCGCUCUUUUCUGCCUCGCGGGUGGCCAGUUGUCAGUGGCUUUCUCGCCUUUUACGUGUCGGCGUACGCCUUGGUGGCAUUCUGGCACACGUGGCUGCCUGAACCCAAAGGAGUGGACGCGUCGGUUUAUGAAUUUUCAGAGGCUCGAGCUCGGAACGUCCUCGAGCAAAUUAUGAGUUUCGGGUACCGUCCUGUUGGUACAAAAGCCAACGAGGAGCUGACCCCUACUUAUCUAUUGCAACAAAUAAAUGCCAUCAAAACGAUGGCAAUGCCAGGAGUGAGUGUGGCAGUCGAUAUGCAACGACCGUCGGGCGCUUUUGGCCUGGACUUUAUCGCGCAGUUUCAAAACAUUUACGCCAAUGUGACGAAUAUUCUCGUGAAAGUGGCACCACCGAAUGCAACGCCGGACGCGCUCAAUAAUUCGCUCAUGAUCUCGUCACACUAUGAUGCGGCCAUUGGUGGCGCUGCCGCUUCGGACGAUGGGGUGAACAUUGCAAUUAUGAUGGAAUUGCUGCGGCUGAUGGUGCUGGACCCGCCAAAACAUGCGACACUGGUGUUUAAUUUCAAUGGAGCAGAGGAGACGAUUAUGCAGGCAGCACAUGGGUUUAUUACGCAGCAUCCGUGGACAGAUACAAUUCGAGCGUUCAUUAACCUUGAAGCUGCAGGAGCUGGUGGUCGGGAGCUGCUGUUCCAGACGGGCAGUGAUGAGCUGGCGUUGGCUUACGCACAGGGAGCCAAGUACCCGCAUGCAAGUAUUAUCGCUCAAGAGCUGUUUCAAUCGGGAAUUAUACCUGCUGAUACGGACUACCGAGUUUAUCGGGACUUUGGAUACGUUGCCGGCAUGGACUUUGCGUACAUUGCAAAUGGCUAUGUUUACCACACGAUACUAGACGAUGUCUCUCGGAUUCAACCGGGCUCGGUCCAGCGUCUUGGAGAGAAUCUUGUGGGUAUCGUGCAUCAAUUGGGAAGCGAGCCUGGACGUCUGAAAAAGGUCGGAGAUAACCCACAGAGCUCCAACACUUUCUUUUCGGAUGUCGCAGGACUGACAAUGGUGACUGCAAGCAAAGAAGUGACCUUUGUCACGUGCGGCGUCGUGCUCGCACUCGCAGCACUGUAUCUCUUGCUUUCUCGCGUUUCAUUUCUUGAACGCUUGACUGCAUUUGUGCUGAUCACGCGAUGUGCUGGUGCUGCAAUUGCCUCAUCAUUAACGAUUGGGGUGCUGCUCAGUCUAUAUGCACCACUGCCAUGGUACUCGCAGCCAUAUCUAGCAGGAGCUCUCUUCCUUUCUCCAGCAGUCGCAGGCAUGCUUCAUCAACUGACAAUGGUGUUGGAGAAGCAGGUUGGUAAAGUGACGCCCGAAGCUCUGUGGCGCCUGGAAGAGAGUCUCUUUGAAGCAGUACUUUGCGCUUGGAUGGGGAUGCUGGCAAUCUGCUUGCAACUCGGCUUUAUCUCGAGCUACAUUCUGGCAUUGUGGAUUUUCUUUCCACUCGUGGGGCAGGUGCUGUGCCAGCUCCUACAGCGCUUCCGCCUGUUGUCGUCGGGGUUGUACAUUUUCAUCUCGCUGGGUGCCACCAUCAUCCCUGUGAUCCACACAAUGUGCUGCCUUGCAAUCGCGCUCAUGUUUUUUGUUCCGUUGCUGGGGCGAAGCGGCCCUGUAGUGCCUCCUGAUUUGAUACUGGCGCUACUGAUGUGCGUCAUUCUCUUGAUCGUGGUGUCCUACUCUGGCCGAGUCUUCUGCUUUUUCUCUGCAAAACAGCUCACGCUAUUGCGGAACGUAUGCAUCAUUAUUACUGUGCUAUCGACUGCUUACGCUUCGAUCCGUAACCCGUACUCGAAUAUCUGUCCAAAGCGUCUAACGCUUCAGCAUGUUGAGCGCAAAGUGAUGCUUCCGAACGGUGAUGUUCAAACUGACUCGGGUCUAUGGAUCAACUCGAUGGACUUUCGUGGGCUCGAUCCUAUCAAGGACAGCUUGGUCAGUACACAAUGGAAACAUUCGCACAUGCACGUAGCUCCGCAAGAGCUGUAUGAACACACCGAAGUGUACGGCCAGAUGCCGUGGUCCCUUCCAGUGAAGCACAUCCUUCCAGAAGACAAGUCAUGGUAUCUCCUUUCUGCUGCACCUGCAAUCCCCGGUGAUACCGUGGCCAAGCUUGAAGUCUUGUCCUCGACGUACGUGAACACGACUGAUCGCCGCAAGAUUCACUUCGUUUUCACCGGACCAUCGCACAUGAAUCUCUUCAUUGAUGCCAAGAAAUCGACGUUGACUUCCUGGUCUAUGGGAAACGGUAUAAGCGGACCCGUUGCUGAAGCUGAAGACGCGUACAUUCUUCAGUUCUGUAGUGGUACAGUUCCGUCGAACUACCACUUUUGGAUCGAGGCCGAGUCGAACAAAUCGAUUGACGUCGUUUUUGUGGCUCACUACCUCGAGCUCAUUACGCCCGAGAUGACGGAAUUUCUACAUUCGCUACCAUCGUGGACUGUUGUUUCCGCAUUUGCGUCCACGUGGACAAAGAUGCAGAUCUAG